GUAAAAGAAGAAUUCUACUUCCGCUGAAAGUGAAACACCUGAAACGUCUAGAAAGACGCACCAGGAAACUUCAAGUAAAACUUUAGGGAAAAGUUGACUACUGCCGAACUGUUGAAGACGAAGUGUUUCGAAGGUGAAGUGACGGAGGGAGACUAGGCCUCAGCGAAGACGUGUCAACUUCCACUGACCUUUGAGCAGAGCACCCGGCCUGUGUGGGUAGGAGUGGGCCUGUGAUGGAUAGGCUGAAGCUGUUACGCAUAGACGAGGAGCUGGACUCCUCUGAGGUGGCAGCACUCUGCUUCCUGUGUCUGGAUGUUGUCAACAAGAAACGCCUGGAGGGGAUCAGAGAUGCAAGACAGCUGUUCUCGAGACUAGAAGAAAAGGGUGUGCUGGAAAACAGUUUUUUCCUUUCUCAGCUGCUCCAAACUAUCCGUCGAACAGAUCUCCUCAGCUACCUGGAGACAGACAGCAGGCCACCAGAGGAAACAGAUGCAAGUCCCACCCUGUCGGCUUACAGGGUGAUGCUGUACAACAUAUACAACGACAUGACUCAGAAGAAUCUUGAGAAGAUGAAGUUUCUGUUGAGCACCAAGUUAAACAGAAGACAAACAGAGGCCAGCGAUACAGCCCUGGAUUUAUUCAUUCAAAUGGAAAAUACCGGUAUACUGUCAAAUACAAAUCUCCACGAGUUGCUUGCAGCAUUGGAGGAGACGGAUAAAGAACUGGCCUCGACUGUACAGAAAUACAUAGACCAAAUAAACCAACAGGAUCAGACGAGAGUACAGCCUCAUGCCAGUAUGGAUUACCAGCCGGUCAACAACAGGUCUUUGCAAACUCAACUGUCCAUAUCUGAGUCUCAGCCCAGUUACGACGGAGGCAGCAUUCGGUCUGAUGCAGAACCAAAUGAAGAGCCCUCCUCUCCUUCGGACGAGGCUGAGUACUACCCUCUGACACAUACCCCUCGUGGUUUGUGUGUGGUCAUCAACAAUGAGAACUUUGCGGGAUCACAGCUGAAUGAUAGACGUGGAACUCAGGAGGAUGAAAAGGCUCUGUGUUCCGUGUUCAACCUCCUUGGCUUCACGUUGGUGAAUCUGAAUGACUUGACUGCCAGCGCCAUGCGAGAGGAGCUGAAUGAGCUGGGCAAAAAGAACUUUAUUGAUCAUGAUGCCUUGGUGAUUUGUGUGCUCUCCCACGGAGAAAUGGGAAGUGUCUAUGGGAUUGAUGGGCAGGAGGUGUCACUGCGAGAACUGACAGAUCCCUUCACGAGCAGGAGAGCCCAUACCCUGGCAGGGAAGCCCAAACUGUUCUUUGUACAGGCGUGCCAGGGAGGUAGCUAUCAGGGAGGAUCUCUGCCGUGUCCCCCGACACCGAGACAGGAAGAGGAGGUCAAACAGAGUCGCCUGGAGGAAGACGCAGGCCCCAUCCGUGGCGAGACGGUGCCUUGGGGCGCUGACUUCCUGCUAGGCAUGGCCACCGUGCCUGAGUGCAAAUCGUUUCGAAACACUAUCACAGGCUCCAUCUACAUCCAGGAGCUGUGCAGGCAGCUGACCCUAUCAGCAAGGUGAGAGAGUCCUCCACACAAAGUAAAGGAUGAAGGGUUUUGGUUCAGCUUUGACUUCCAUACUAAUACAUGUUUAUUUUGAAACAGUAUGUAUAUAUGUAACAUAUGGACAUUUUUAGCUCUGUAUCAGUUUUAAUGCCAUCCAUAUUAAAACACAUGAAAAUGCAUUUCAUGAGAGUAAUCAUGUGCAAUGGGCAUGUGCAUACCAUAGUUAAAAGGAGGCAGAUUGUCCUCUCUGCAGUCGGAAAAUAUUACAAACCAGAAAAGACAGUGAUAUAAAGUAGGAGCAGAAAAUGUUACCGGCAACAAGCUUCAGGACUCCUAACAGCCAAUCAGGAAGCGAAUGCAGAAGCUGUCCCAUCAAUUCCUAAUGUCUCUUUUUGUGUUUUCCCAGACUGCAAUGCAGCCAGGGCAGCAGUGUUACCAAACUUCUCAGUUUUAAGUGCUGGAAAACACCAGAGUAGUGUGGACGGCAGGCGUAAAACAUAGCAUCAGUGAUGCUUUUUUAAACUGAAACAUCUUUAUGUGGAUGUUGAUUUGGUUAGUCUGUCUUUAAAGUCUUAUUAGGGGGAUCACUAGAGAGAUAGUUUGUCGUUGAGUCUAAACCCGGAAGGUGUAAACAUCCGACAUUGUGGGGAUGGAGGCACUCUGUCCUGAUUCCCUCCCACUAGACGAGCAUUAUAAGACUUUUUUAGUAAGAUUUUAUUUUAGACCCUUUGAAAUGACUUUUUAUGUCUCCGUGCCGUGAGAGUCGUCAAAGCAUUUUAGCGCUAUAGCUUUUUGCUAUGCACUUAAUAAAAUACAAUGUUUUGG